CGUCACUCCGCCGCAAUGAGAAGGGCUUCCUCCGUCGCCCUCGCCGCCCCCUCCUCCUUCCUCUCCCGCGUCCUCGCCUCCCCCGCCGGCGGCUCCUCCGCCGCCUCCGUCCACCCCCACCGCCGCCACCGCCUCCUCCAGGCGGCUCUCUACGGCGGCGGCGGCGGCGGCGGCGGAGGCGGCGGAGGAGCCUAUUCCCGGCGCGCCGGCGGCCGCUGGUUCUCCCGCCUGCUCGAUUCGCCCCGGGCGGCCUCUCUCGGCAUUGCCGGCGCUCUGUUCGCGACCUCCGCCGCGUCGGCUGCCCUGUCCGGCGAGGUCCUCGCGAAGGAGCCGCCGUCGCCCGAGGUGGUCCCGAAGGAGGUCGUGCUCUACCAAUACGAAGCUUGCCCCUUCUGCAACAAAGUUAAAGCAUUUUUGGACUAUUAUGACAUCCCCUACAAGGUUGUUGAAGUAAACCCAAUUAGUAAGAAAGAGAUAAAAUGGUCCGAUUACAAGAAGGUUCCUAUACUGAUGGUGGAUGGCGAGCAGCUAGUUGACUCAUCAGUUAUCAUUGACAAGCUGGGUCGAAAAAUUCUUCCUGAAAAGUCAGCCAAACCAGCCACAGAAGAUGAUGACGAUGAAGAGAAAAAGUGGCGGAGAUGGGUUGACAAUCACUUGGUGCAUGUCUUAUCACCAAACAUCUACAGGAAUACCUCCGAGGCUCUCGAGUCAUUUGAUUAUAUCACAAGCAAUGGUAAUUUCAGCUUCACUGAGAAAAUUACGGUAAAAUAUGCUGGAGCUGCUGCAAUGUACUUUGUAUCCAAGAACUUAAAGAAGAAGUACAAUAUUACUGAUGAACGUGCUGCCCUCUAUGAUGCUGCGGAGACAUGGGUUGAUGCCUUAAACGGCAGGGAGUUCUUGGGGGGCUCAAAGCCUAAUUUGGCUGAUCUUGCCGUCUUUGGUGUUUUAAGACCGAUCCGUUAUUUGAGAUCUGGUAGGGAUAUGGUGGAGCACACUCGUAUUGGUGAAUGGUACUCAAGAAUGGAGAGUGCUGUGGGAGAGUCCUCGAGGAUUAAGGCUUAAACUGGAAUCCUGGUAGAUUCAGGAACACGCUUUCUGCUAUUUAAACUAAUGCUCGCUAAUUGGUUCUGUAUCCCAGUAUGGCCAGCUGUAAAAAGAGACGAGUCCAUAAUAUUCUUGAUUUUUUACCUUCCAAGAUUUAUAAUAUUUGGUGGUAAUGUCUUACCAAAAGUUUUGGGAUUCUUUCAUCAUUGUUUCACCUUGUAAUAAUUUCCAACCGAUAUGAAGGAAAGGAGGAGUUUUAUA